AUGCCUCGCCGCAAGGAAAAGCGAAAGAAGGAGGAUGCUGCCAUUGAUUCUGUACCAGAGUCACCUCCUAAAAAGGCCAAGAAGGCUGCGGGCCCGACGGCAGAAAGACCCAAUAUGCCCCUCUCUUCUGCUUCUAUCAAGAAGACCAUCAAAGGGACCAGCUGGCAUGGCCCACCUCCCCGACUGAGCAGGGGUCCUCACCAAGCUGCUGAGGAAGCCAAGAAGAAGGAAAAGAAGAAGAAAGAAGAAGAAGAACACGAUGACGAGGAAGAUGACGAGGAAGAUAAGGACGAGAAGGACGAGGAGGUGGUGGACUCGCAGCCACAGCAGGAUCAGCGCAAGGGAGGACUUUCACCCAGGACCCGCGAAAAAGCGGCCUGGCUAUUCUUCGAAAGCGACGGCAACGAAGGGAACCCCAGCCAAACGGGACACGAACUCUUGGGGCUCGCCACCCUCGAAAUAGACGCAGACAAAUGCAUCGAAUUCCAAAGGAACUGCGGCAUGAUAACCGAUGAGUCUGGGAAGUUGACGUACCCAGUGUUAAAGCAAUCAGACGGAAAGGUAGUAGAAGGACCCUCGGCAUUGCGAGCGAUGUAUAUCAAACGGAAUGUUGUAAUGGCGAAUACCGGAAAGAAAACCCUGGACAAACCUACUAUGAACACUGCAAUCAUGCUCUAUUACCGAUAUAAGCUCAAGGGGCUUACUUGGCCGAGAGAUGGGACUGUUACCUAUUGGUAUGAUGGAGGGCAAGUGUGUGAGCCGAAGGUGUAUGAUCCUGAGGAACAUAGGAAGCUUGCUGAGAAGUAUGGGAGUAUUUGGGUUGAGGGGUUGAGUGUGCCGUUUUAUGUGGUGCCGCGUCUGUAG